AUGGCUGAGGAGGAUAAAGUGCAAGGACUACUGCUCUCUGCCCUACUCUCUCUCUUCGGCUUUAACGUUUGCCACUCUUUCCCCUCCAAGUUUUCGCAGCAGUGGGAAGGCAGGGCUGCGGUAAGACAAAACCCUAUUCUCUCUGCACUUUAGUGACUGUGAUCACAUGAGAAAAUUUAGGAGACCCCCGAGUGCCUCCCUCAGGCUCUCCCCCCGGCGCCUUCUCAGGUUUUCAGCCAGGUGCAGAAGUCAGCAUGUCAGCCCUCUAUCCGGUCUUACAGACACACGGAGCAGGACGGCAAUCUGUCUUUCGCCAUCCACUGUGGCCCUUUUCCCCUUGCCUAUGGCCUUUUUGCUUCUGGCUUGCUAUGGAGCGAGCUACAGUAUCACAGUCAAGCCAGCUCUGGUAUGCGCUGCUCUGGUUUUCCCUCCAGAGGACGCUGCUACUCUAUACACAAGGCAGGAGAACCCUAACCAUAUUCACUUCCCCAUUCUAAGGGAGAACAGGUUUCCAGGGCUCGCUGUGAGACCCCCUCAACCUUUUUAAGGAUUUUGAGGGGCAUUUUUUCCCUCUACAUUGCAAAGGCGACUUGGCUCUGUUAUGGAGAACACUCUCCAUUGAGCUAGAGAUCAGUCAGUAUAGUAAUUCCUUACUUUACUUUCUGGGUCUUAGGGAAGAGGGGGGGACAGUGCCCCCACCAGGUGUCAGAGCCCCAGACAGCAAUCUGGUACUCCCGAGUCCACAAAGCUUCAGCUUUUCCUCGUCCCGUUUUUUUAGUGCGAUUGGUUCACACAGCCGGGCCACUGCCUGCUUUGCCUCCCAAUCUUACGGGAGCGAGCGGCUGAGGAGAUAUCUUUGCUCUUGACAACCCUCCUCAUGGUGCAGGGUCAAGACAUUCCAGUUACGUAGCUGUCCUACUGCCCAGGAUUAGGAAUACUGCGAUGCAGUUGUUUCCUUCUUCCUCCAGCUAUAUUGCCUGACUUCUUACAUCAUGGUGCUGGCUGCUCUGUCCCGAGAGAGCCUGCUUCAUGCAUCUAUCCAGAAUGACUUGCUGCAGCCUGAUAGAAGCGACAACCCUAUUAGGGCCCUGGGAGACCCCAUCCCAAAAAUGACAGUGAUCAUGCAGUUUAGGGUGGAAGAGCUUACACACCCAGGAAGAAUUGCGUAAUGCCGCACGCUUUCCUUCCUAUGUUGCCUACCCUUCCCUCUUCUGUCUACACGGAGGAAGGGAAUAGGGCCUUCCCCUCAUCUUCGAGCGCCUCGAUGCCCAGUGAUUUUCCAGUCGGCAGUUACAGCAACUGCUUAUGACCAGUCCUGGCAGCUAUCAUCAUGCAGGGUUAUACCCUAGCGAACGAAGCAAUGCUAUAUCCUCUCCCGGAUGCUUUAACCCUCUGGACCACCCAUACACAAAAAAUGUAUGCACGCAUGACUGUAAGUCGCUUUGGAUAAAAGCGUCUGCUAAAUGGCAUAUUAUUAUUAUUAUUAUUAUUAUUAUUAUUAUUAUUAUUAUUAUUAUAGCUGGUGAGAGAUAUACAUGUACAGUGCAUUCGGAAAGUAUUCAGCCCCCUUUUCCACAUUUUGUUACGUUACAGCCUUAUUCUAAAAUUGAUUAAAUGCAUUUUUUCCCUCAUCAAUCUACACACAAUACCCCAUAUUGACAAAGGGAAAACAGGUUUUUAAAAAUGUUUGCAAAUUAUUUAAAAAACAACAGAUACCUUAUUUACAUAAGUAUUCAGAUUCAGAUGAUUUAGAAAGGCACACACCUGUCUAUAUAAGGUCCCACAGUUGACAGUGCAUGUCAGAGCAAAAACCAUGCCAUGAGGUGAAAGGAAUUGUCCGUAGAGCUCUGAGACAGGAUUGUGUCGAGGCACAGAUCUGGGGAAGCGUACCAAAAAAUGUUGGUGGCAGCAGCAUGCUGUGGGGUUGUUUUUCAGUGGCAGGGACUGGGAGAGGAGUCAGGAUGGAGGGAAAGAUGAAUGGAACAAAGUACAGAGAGAUCCUUGAUGAAAACCUGCUCCAGAGUGCUCAGGACCUCAGACUGGGGUGAAGGUUCACCUUCCAACAGGACAAAGACCCUAAGCACAAACCUAAGACAGCGCAGGAGUGGCUUCGGGACAAGUCUCUGAAUAGCCUUGAGUGGCCCAGCCAGAGCCCUGACUUGAACCUGAUCGAACAUCUCUGGAGAGACCUGAAAAUAGCUGUGUAGCGACGCUCCCCAUCCAACCUGACAGAGCUUGAGAGGAUCUGCAGAGAAGAAUGAGAGAAACUCCCCAAAUACAGGUGUGCACAGCUUGUAGCUUUAUACCCAAGAAGACUCGAGGCUGUAAUCACUGCCAAAGGUUAUUCAACAAAGUACUGAGUAAAGGUUCUGAAUAGUUAUGUAAAUGUGAUAUUUCCGGGGUUUAAAAAAAAUAAAUGUUCAAAAAGUUCUGAAAACCUGUUUUUGCUUUGUCAUUAUGGGGUAUUGUGUGUAGAUUGAUGAGGGGAAAAAAACGAUUUAAUCAAUUUUAGAAUAAGGCUGUAACGUAACAAAAUGUGGAAAAAGUAGAGGGGUCUGAAUACUUUCAGAAUGCACCAUACAUAUACACUUUAUAUACAAAUGUAUGUGGACACCCCUUCAAAUGAGUGAUUUCGGCUAUUUCAGCCACACCCGUUGCUGACAUGUGUAAAAACACACAGCCAUGCAAUCGCCUUAGACAAACAUUGGCAGUAGAAUGUCCUUACUGAAGAGCUCAGUGACUUUCAAUGUAGCACCGUCAUAUUUCUGCCCUGCUAGAGCUGCCCCGGGCAACUUUAAGUGCUGUUAUUGUGAAGUGGAAACGUCUACGAACAACAACGGCUCAGCAGUGAAGUGGUAGGCCACACAAGCUCACAGAACGGGACCCCGAGUGCUGAAGCGCGUACAAAUCGUCUCUCCGCGGUUGCAACACUCACUACCGAGUUCCAAACUGCCUCUGGAAGCAACGUCAGCACAAGAACUGCUCGUCGGGAGCUUCAUGAAAUGGGUUUCCAUGGCUGAGCAUCCGCACACAAGCCUAAGAUCACCAUGCACAAUGCCAAGCAUCGGCUUGUGUGGUGUAAAGCUCGCCGCCGUUGGACUCUGGAGCAAUGGAAACGUGUUCUCUGGAGUGAUGAAUCAUGCUUCACCAUCUGGCAGUCCGAUGGAUGAAUCUGGGUUUGGCGGAUGCCAGGAGAACGCUAUCUGCCCCAAUGCAUAGUGCCAACUGUAAAGUUUGGUGGAGGAGUAAUAAUGGUCUGGGGCUGUUUUUCAUGGUUCGGGCUAGGCCCCUUAGUUGCAGUGAAGGGAAAUCUUAAUACUACAGCAUACAAUGACAUUCUAGACAAUUCUGUGCUUCCAACUUUGUGGCAACAGUUUGGGGAAGGCCCUUUCCUGUUUCAGCAUGACAAUGCCCCUGUGCACAAAGCGAGGUCCAUACAGAAAUGGUCUGUUGAGAUCAGUGUGGAAGAACUUUACUGGCCUGCACAGAGCCCUGACCUCAACCACAUCGAACACCUUUGGGAUGAAUUGGAAUACCGACUGCGAGCCAGGCCUAAUCGCCCAACAUCAGUGCCCGACCUCACUAAUGCUCUUGGGGCUGAAUGGAAGCAAGUCCCUGCAGCGGUGUUCCAACAUCUAGUUGAAAGCCUUCCCAGAAGAGUGGAGACUGUUAUAGUAGCAAAGCGUGGGACCAAUUCCUAAUGCCCAUGAUUUUGGAAUGAGAUGUUCGACGAGCAGGUAUCCACAUACUUUUGAUCAUGUAGUGUAUAUAUAUAUAUAUAUAUAUAUAUAUGAGAUAGUAUAUAGAUAUAGUAUAUAUAGUAUAGAUAUAUAUAUAUAGAUAUAUAGAUGAUAUAUAUAUAUAUACACCACACACACACACACACACACACACACACACACACACACACACACACACACACACACACACACACACACACACACACACACACACACACACACACACAGUGAGGGAAAAAAGUAUUUGAUCCCCUGCUGAUUUGAUACAUUUGCCCACUGACAAAGAAAUGAUCAGUCUAUAAUUUUAAUGGUAGGUUUAUUUGAACAGUGAGAGACAGAUUAACAACAAAAAAAUCCAGAAAAAUGCAUGUGAAAAAUGUUAUAAAUUGAUUUGCAUUUUAAUGAGGGAAAUAAGUAUUUGACCCCUCUGCAAAACAUGACUUAGUACUUGGUGGCAAAACCCUUGUUGGCAAUCACAGACGUCAGACGUUUCUUGUAGUUGGCCACCAGGUUUGCACACAUCUCAGGAGGGAUUUUGUCCCACUCCUCUUUGCAGAUCUUCUCCAAGUCAUUAAGGUUUCAAGGCUGACGUUUGGCAACUCGAACCUUCAGCUCCCUCCACAGAUUUUCUAUGGGAUUAAGGUCUGGAGACUGGCUAGGCCACUCCAGGACCUUAAUGUGCUUCUUCUUGAGCCACUCCUUUGUUGCCUUGGCCGUGUGUUUUGGGUCAUUGUCAUGCUGGAAUACCCAUCCACGACCCAUUUUCAAUGCCCUGGCUGAGGGAAGGAGGUUCUCACCCAAGAUUUGACGGUACAUGGCCCCGUCUAUCGUCCCUUUGAUGCGGUGAAGUUGUCCUGUCCCCUUAGCAGAAAAACACCCCCAAAGCAUAAUGUAUCCACCUCCAUGUUUGACGGUGGGGAUGGUGUUCUUGGGGUCAUAGGCAGCAUUCCUCCUCCUCCAAACACGGCGAGUUGAAUUGAUGCCAAAGAGCUCGACUUUGGUCUCAUCUGACCACAACACUUUCACCCAGUUCUCCUCUGAAUCAUUCAGAUGUUCAUUGGCAAACUCUAGACGGGCCUGUAUAUGUGCUUUCUUGAGCAGGGGGACCUUGCGGACGCUGCAGGAUUUCAGUCCUUCACGGCGUAGUGUGUUACCAAUUGUUUUCUUGGUGACUAUUGUCCCAGCUGCCUUGAGAUCAUUGACAAGAUCCUCCCGUGUAGUUCUGGGCUGAUUCCUCACCGUUCUCAUGAUCAUUGCAACUCCACGAGGUGAGAUCUUGCAUGGAGCCCCAGACCGAGGGAGAUUGACAGUUCUUUUGUGUUUCUUCCAUUUGCGAAUAAUGGCACCAACUGUUGUCACCUUCUCACCAAGCUGCUUGGCGAUGGUCUUGUAGCCCAUUCCAGCCUUGUGUAGGUCUACAAUCUUGUCCCUGACAUCCUUGGAGAGCUCUUUGGUCUUGGCCAUGAUGGAGGGUUUGGAAUCUGAUUGAUUGAUUCCUUCUGUGGAGAGGUGUCUUUUCUACAGGUGUCUUUUAUACAGGUAACAAGCUGAGAUUAGGAGACUGUGCUCCUAAUCUCAGCUCGUUACCUGUAUAAAAGACUACUGGGAUUCAGAAAUCUUUCUGAUUGAGAGGGGGUCAAAUACUUAGUUUCCCUCAUUCAAAUGGAAAUAAAUUUAUAACAUUUUUCACAUGCGUUUCUCUGGAUUUUUUUGUUGUUAUUCUGUCUCUCACUGUUCAAAUAAACCUACCAUUAAAAUUACAGACUGAUCAUUUCUUUGUCAGUGGGCAAACGUACAAAAUCAGCAGGGGAUCAAAUACUUUUUUCCCUCACUGUAUAUAUAAGCAAUAGACAGGCCUGCGACUCUUGGAAAAGAGUGCCAGCCCCUUUCGCAUGCUCUUUGUUUUACAGUUGUUGCUUUUUUCUUGGAGUAGUGGUAUGACUAAACAGAUUGUUCCUUCCUGCACUCUGUUUUCCAUGGUCCUAUGCUUCUUGCAGGAUUUUUGGGAUUGAGAGAAGGCUCAUCGUUGUUAUGGUCCUUUAGCCGAUUUCUCAGCCUUUCAAAGCCCUGACAGUGAAACAGUUUAUCCAUAACUGUUGUGUCAUUUCUAAGGGGGUCUCGUCGCUUACUCCCAGCCUCUAAGACUUUAGCUCGUCCUGGGUUUUGACUAUUGUGCUUAAGAUCCUUUCACAGCAGCUACUGGCUGUCGAAAAGCGUGGAGAGGUAAUAUUCCUCCAUCUUUCGCUUUACACUGCCCUUGGUGUCCCUAAGCGUAUGUGUGUGGUCUGUGCUCUACCAGCUGCUGUUCGCUCCCGCUGUCUACUCAGGUUUUUUUUAGGUUAAAGUACCUAACCCCAUCUUUGGCCCGGGUCGGCUUUUUUCCAUUUUCACACCUUGGAGCUUAUGGCUUUUCCCAAGAAGGGCGUCUCUGUCAUUGUGCAGUACGCCCGGUUUGCAUCUACUUGGAUUGUAGGAGAGCUCAGGCAAGGGUGUUAUGGUGCUCAUUGGGCUACCUCCCUCGGAAGAGGGUGGGCCCUUCUCUUUUUUAGAGAAUAUCCUGCCAGAUCAUGGGGCUAUUAAAUUGAUUUAUAAUGGCGUGGGUGACAGCCUUCGGAGCGGCCUGGAAGAGCCCUCUCCUAUAGAGGAGUUUACCUCUUGGGCACUGUUUUUGGGACAUAUCUCAUAAAAUUGAGAUUGUGUGCCACGUAUUGGGCUUCCCUUCACUUUCUGAAGUUUUUCCCGAUGGGUUGUUUCUUCAUCCUUGGUGCCUACUCCCUCAGUUUUGGAGCCUCUGAGGGUUGCUGACGUUGGGACUACCCUGGCUUCGGAGAGCAUGUCUUUAAGAUAUGGGAGUUGGCCAUAUCUUCAUUGUGAGAAAUCAAAACAAAUAACUGAAAGAUAACUUAAAGUUACUUGCGUAACCCCGGUUCUCUGAUAUUAUGAGUGAGAUAUCUCACCGCAUUCCCCUGCUCGUAAGAGCACUAUGUCACGGAUUCUGCCGAGGCUGCCCCUCCUCCUUGCUCGGACAGGUUUCGGCAUUCGUCGUCACCGGAGUACUAGCUGCUGCCGAUCUAUGUUCUACCUGUUGUGUCAGAUUGUUUCACACCUGUUGCCCAUCUUGUGAUUACUCCGCCCCUAUUUAACCCUGUGGCUCCCGUUGUGUUCUGUGCGUGUUUGUUGUUUGUUCUCGGAUGUCGUUGGUGAGCGGGUUUAUUCCUCCCUGCGUGGAGGCUUCUUGUUUCUUUACGUGAUUUAGUAAAGAUACGUUUUUCCCUUGAGUUCUGUGUCCUGCGCCUGACUUCAGUCUACCGCAUACACUGACACCGUGACACACUAGGAAGUGAAGCAUGCUUGAGAAUAACCGGAGUACAGGAGAGUGGCUCCUUUUAAGGAAGGCUCACCUGAUUCGCCACUCUACCUGUCUCCAACAGAUGCUUUUGAUUGGUUCUUCCGAGAGUAGGGGAUCCUAGAGAAUCCCCAUUGUGAGAUAUCUAACUCAUAAGAUCAGAGAACCAGGGUUACACAAGUAACUAAGUUCUAUAAUCUUUUGUUUUGGUUGUAAACAUAUAACAUAAAUUAUAUGUACAGUGCAUUUGGAAAGUAUUCAGACCCCUUGACUUUUUCCGCAUUUUGUUACGUUACAGACUUAUUCUAAAAUCUAUUAAAUCGUUUUUUCCCCUCAUCAAUCCACACACAAUACCCCAUAAUGACAAAUCAAAAACAGUAGUUUUUUUUGGGCCAAUUUGUCAAAUAAAAACGGAAAUAACCCAUUUACAUAAGUAUUUACUCUUUACUCAGUACUUUGUUGAAGCACCUUUGGCAGCGAUUACAGCCUUGAUACUUCUUGGAUAUGACGCUACAAGCUUGGCACACCUGUAUUUGGGGAGUUUCUCCCAUUCUUCUCUGCAGAUCCUCUCAAGCUCUGUCAGGUUGGAUGGGGAGCGUAGCUGCACAGCUAUUUUCAGGUCUCUCCAGACAUGUUCGAUUGGGUUCAAGUCAGGGCUCUGGCUGGGCCACUCAAGGACAUUCAGAGACUUGUCCCGAAGCCACUCCUGCGUUGUCUUGGCUGUGUGCUUAGGGUCGUUGUCCUGUUGGAAGGUGAACCUUCGCCCCAGUCUGAGCUCCUGAGCACUCUGGAGCAGGUUUUCAUCAAGGAUCUCUCUGUACUUUGCUCCGUUCAUCUUUCUCUCAAUCCAGACUAGUCUCCCAGUCCCUGCCACUGAAAAACAUUCCCACAGCAUGAUGCUGCCACCACCAUGCUUCACCGUAAGGACGGUGCCAGGUUUCCUCCAGACGUGACGCUUGGCAUUCAAAUUCUUAACGGGCUGUCAUGUGCCUUUUACUGAGGAGUGGCUUCCGUCUGGCCACUCUACCAUAAAGGCCUAAUUGGUGGAGUGCUACAGAGAUGGUUGUCCUUCUGGAAGGUUCUCCCAUCUCCACAGAGGAGCUCUGGAGCUCUGUCAGAGUGACCAUCGGGUUCUUGGUCACCUCCCUGACCAAGGCCCUUCUCCCCCGAUUGCUCAGUGUUCUUGGGGACCGCCAAUGCUGCAGAAAUGUUUUGGUACCCUUCCCCAGAUCUGAGCCUCGACACAAUCCUGUCUCGGCGCUCUACGGACAAUUCCUUUGACCUCAUGGCUUGGUUUUUGCUCUGACAUGCACUGUCAACUGUGGGACCUUAUAUAGACAGGUGUGUGCCUUUCCAAAUCAUGUCCAAUCAGUUGAAUUUAGCACAGGUGGACUCCAAUCAAGUUGUAGAAACAUCUCAAGGAUGAUCAAUGGAAACAGGAUGCAACUGAGCUCAAUUUCGAGACUCAUAGCAAAGGGUCUGAAUACUUAUGUAAAUAAGGUAUUUCAGUUUUUUAUUUAUAAUACAUUUGCAAAAAUGUCUAAACCUGUUUUUGCUUUGUCAUUAUGGGGUAUUGUGUAGAUUGAUGAGAGAAAAUAUAUAAUUUAAUCAAUUUUAGAAUAAGGCUGUAACGUAACAACAUUUGGAAAAAGUCAAGGGGUCUUAAUACUCUCUGAAUGCACUGUAGGCUGUUAUAUGUAGGCUAUAGAGAUGUUGACAGCUUGUCUUCUAGCAUUAUGCAAUGUAUCCUCAAACUAUCCCACACCUCUCAUGUCUUCCACAAUGACAUGCUCUCCCCCUCUCGCAUAAUAAUGACACAGGAAACGCAGAGUCAUGGUUGACAUUUGUUAUCAGAGAACCAUAUUGUUUACUGCAGUUAUCAGAAACAAAUUGCCUACCAACGACCCCAGCAACGACCCCAGUAAUGGACCUUUUGAAGGACAAGCUUGCAUUCUUGUAGAGAUAAAUAUCAUAGGCUUACUAUUACCACUCUAGUAGAGUUAUAUCUGUACUAUAAAUAUAAAAUGACAAAGCCUGUUGGUUCCAUGUAUACUACAAUGUUCAGUAGAAGGUCACUACAUGUUUGGACUGCAUUCCAUGGAACCUUCUAAAACACAAGUACAUACUGACCCACAAUGAUUAAAAUGAGCUUCCUAAGAGGGGCGUUUCUUUAUACAAUAUGUACACUCACAAUGUUCUCAGUGGAAAUUCACUUGGCAUGUUGAACUAUUUGAAUGGCACUGCAGGGAAACAUUGUGUAAUAUGUGUUUUAUCUUACAGUAGUUCCUUUGCACUCAGCUAAUCAUUAAUGCGUAAUAAAAGAUGAUUAUGUGACUGUCUUUCAUUUAUAUUCAAACCAAGUCUCCCAUGACGUUUGGGUCAAGUCACAGAGAAGACACAGACAGAAAGACCCAACCUUGGAGAUGGAGCUGGACCAAGGCAAGAUGGAUCAGGAGCCAGGCAGGCCCACAUGGAGUAGGCAGAUAGAGUUCACCCUGGCUGGGAUUGGCUGUGCUGUGGGGCUGGGGAACGUAUGGCGGUUCCCUUAUCUGUGUUACAGGAGUGGAGGAGGUGAGAGGACAUUUCCGAUAAGUCAGCCCUGAUAAAAGACUAAAACCCAAUGACUAUAUAGCAUAACCAGACUUACACCUUAUUCAUUUAUAUUGUUGAGAAUACAUAUGGUUGUGAAUGAAAGUUUUACAUUUGUCUGGGUAUAUGAUAGCAUGUUUUCUCUUGUCAUGUUGAUAGAAAAUGUCAGGGUGAUAUUAAUGGUUAGUACCGUGGAGGAAAGCAUAAUCUUAGAGUAGAGUUUUGUACUAUGGCAUAUGAUGAUGAUGAUGCACCACAUUUUAUACUGAGAUACUUGAAUAAUGCCAUAAUGACAUGCCACUUGUCACUGUCAUUGGUUAUGAAUACGAUUUUAUAGAAUUUUUGUUAUUAUAGAGAGAGAAUUAAGAAUUUUACCAGGUAUUACAUUUUGUCCAAUGAUCAGAAUUAAUUCAGAAUGGCAUAACAACAACAUGUAAUGUUUAAAUUAAAAUGACCUUAAACCCUGAGAACCUAACAAGCAAUUAUUUCUUUAUAAAGCUGCAAAAACACAACCUAACUCCUCGUCUGGAGGUUAAAAAGCCCAGUUAAUUCCGGCACGUGAGAGGCAAUGAGUUUGGAUGAGGGGGGUGAAUGACUUUAUUAAAGAUUAGACCUGGUCAGAUAUGCACCACUGACUCAACAACACAUGGCAUUGUUAAACUUGCUGUGAAAAUAUAACUUGGUGGCACAUUGACACGCUAGUCAAAACAUUUCCAUGUCUCCCUGUUUUCAAUGAUGAGAAGGGUACAGUGGGGAGAACAAGUAUUUGAUACACUGCCGAUUUUGCAGGUUUUCCUACUUACAAAGCAUGUAGAGGUCUGUCAUUUUUAUCAUAGGUACACUUCAACUGUGAGAGACGGAAUCUAAAACAAAAAUCCAGAAAAUCACAUUGUAUGAUUUUUUAAGUAAUUAAUUAGCAUUUUAUUGCAUGACAUAAUUAUUUGAUACAUCAGAAAAGCAGAACUUAAUAUUUGGUACAGAAACCUUUGUUUGCAAUUACAGAGAUCAUAUGUUUCCUGUAGGUCUUGACCAGGUUUGCACACUGCAGCAGGGAUUUUGGCCCACUCCUCCAUACAGACCUUCUCCAGAUCCUUCAGGUUUCGGGGAUGUCGCUGGGCAAUACGGACUUUCAGCUCCCUCCAAAGAUGUUCUAUUGGGUUCAGGUUUGGAGACUGGCUAGGCCACUCAAGGACCUUGAGAUGCUUCUUACGGAGCCACUCCCUUAGUUGCCCUGGCUGUGUGUUUCGGGUCGUUGUCAUGUUGGAAGACCCAGCCACGACCCAUCUUCAAUGCUCUUACUGAGAGAAGGAGGUUGUUGGCCAAGAUCUCCCGAUACAUGGCCCCAUCCAUCCUCCCCUCAAUACGGUGCAGUCGUCCUGUCCCCUUUGCAGAAAAGAAUCCCCAAAGAAUGAUGUUUCCACCUCCAUGCUUCACGGUUGGGAUGGUGUUCUUGGGGUUGUACUCAUCCUUCUUCUUCCUCCAAACAAGGCGAGUGGAGUUUAGACCAAAAGGCUCUAUUUUUUUCUCAUCAGACCACAUGACCUUCUCCCAUUCCUCCUCUGGAUCAUCCAGAUGGUCAUUGGCAAACUUCAGACGUGCCUGGACAUGCGCUGGCUUGAGCAGGGGGACCUUGCGUACGCUGCAGGAUUUUAAUCCAUGAUGGCGUAGUGUUUCUAAUGGUUUUCUUUAAGACUGUGGUCCCAGCUCUCUUUAGGUCAUUGAACAGGUCCUGCCGUGUAGUUCUGGGCUGAUCCCUCACCUUCCUCAUGAUCAUUGAUGCCCUACGAGGUGAGAUCUUGCAUGGAGCCCCAGACUGAAGGUGAUUGACCGUCAUCUUGAACUUCUUCCAUUUUCUAAUAAUUGCGCCAACAGUUGUUGCCUUCUCACCAAGCUGCUUGCCUAUUGUCCUGUAGCCCAUCCCAGCCUUGUGCAGGUCUACAAUUUUAUCCCUGAUGUCCUUACACAGCUCUCUGGUCUUGGCCAUUGUGGAGAGGUUGGGGUCUGUUUGAUUGAGUGUGUGGACAGGUGUCUUUUAUACAGGUAACGAGUUCAAACAGGUGCAGUUAAUACAGGUAAUAAGUGGAGAACAGGAGGGCUUCUUAAAGAAAAACUAACAGGUCUGUGAGAGACGGAAUUCUUACUGGUUGGUAGGUGAUCAAAUAAAGUGAGGGGAAAAAAGUAUUUGAUCCCCUGCUGAUUUUGUACGUUUGCUCACUGACAAAGACAUGAUCAGUCUAUAAUUUUAAUGGUAGGUUUAUUUGAACAGUGAGAGACAGAAUAACAACAAAAAAAUCCAGAAAAAUGCAUGUCAAAAAUGUUAUAAAUUGAUUUGCAUUUUAAUGAGGGAAAUAAGUAUUUGACCCCUCUGCAAAACAUGACUUAGUACUUGGUGGCAAAACCCUUGUUGGCAAUCACAGAGGUCAGACGUUUCUUGUAGUUGGCCACCAGGUUUGCACACAUCUCAGGAGGGAUUUUGUUCCACUCCUCUUUGCAGAUCUUCUCCAAGUCAUUAAGGUUUCGAGGCUGACGUUUGGCAACUCGAACCUUCAGCUCCCUCCACAGAUUUUCUAUGGGAUUAAGGUCUGGAGACUGGCUAGGCCACUCCAGGACCUUAAUGUGCUUCUUCUUGAGCCACUCCUUUGUUGCCUUGGCCGUGUGUUUUGGGUCAUUGUCAUGCUGGAAUACCCAUCCACGACCCAUUUUCAAUGCCCUGGCUGAGGGAAGGAGGUUCUCACCCAAGAUUUGACGGUACAUGGCCCGUCCAUCGUCCCUUUGAUGCGGUGAAGUUGUCCUGUCCCCUUAGCAGAAAAACACCUCCUCCAAACACGGCGAGUUGAGUUGAUGGCAAAGAGCUCGAUUUUGGUCUCAUCUGACCACAACACUUUCACCCAGUUACAUUUACAUUUACAUUUUAGUCAUUUAGCAGACACUCUUAUCCAGAGCGACUUACAGUUAGUGAGUGCAUACAUUAUUUUUUGUAUUUUCUUUUCAUACUGGCCCCCCGUGGGAAUCAAACCCACAACCCUGGCGUUGCAAACGCCAUGCUCUACCAACUGAGCUACAUCCCUGCCGGCCAUUCCUUCCCCUACCCUGGACAAUGCUGGGCCAAUUGUGCGCCGCCCCAUGGGUCUCCCAGUCGCGGCCGGCUACGACAGAGCCUGGAUAAUCCUGAACGACAGAGCCAGUUCUCCUCUGAAUCAUUCAGAUGUUCAUUGGCAAACUUCAGACGGGCCUGUAUAUGUGCUUUCUUGAGCAGGGGGACCUUGCGGGCGCUGCAGGAUUUCAGUCCUUCACGGCGUAGUGUGUUACCAAUUGUUUUCUUUGUGACUAUGGUCCCAGCUGCCUUGAGAUCAUUGACAAGAUCCUCCCGUGUAGUUCUGGGCUGAUUCCUCACCGUUCUCAUGAUCAUUGCAACUCCACGAGGUGAGAUCUUGCAUGGAGCCCCAGGCCGAGGGAGAUUGACAGUUCUUUUGUGUUUCUUCCAUUUGCGAAUAAUCGCACCAACUGUUGUCACCUUCUCACCAAGCUGCUUGGCGAUGGUCUUGUAGCCCAUUCCAGCCUUGUGUAGGUCUACAAUCUUGUCCCUGACAUCCCUGGAGAGCUCUUUGGUCUUGGCCAUGAUGGAGAGUUUGGAAUCUGAUUGAUUGAUUGCUUCUGUGGACAGGUGUCUUUUUUACAGGUAACAAACUGAGAUUAGGAGCACUCCCUUUAAGAGUGUGCUCCUAAUCUGAGAUCAUUACCUGUAUAAAAGACACCUGGGAGCCAGAAAUCUUUCUGAUUGGGAGGGUGUCAAAUACUUAUUUCCCUCAUUAAAAUGCAAAUCAAUAUAUAACAUUUUUGACAUGCGUUUUUCUGGAUUUUUUUGUUGUUAUUCUGUCUCUCACUGUUCAAAUAAACCUACCAUUAAAAUUAUAGACUGAUCAUGUCUUUGUCAGUGGGCAAACGUACAAAAUCAGCAGGGGAUCAAAUACUUUUUCCCUCACUGUACUUAUGUCAUGCAAUAAAAUGCAAAUUAAUUACUUAAAAAUCAUACAAUGUGAUUUUCUGGAUUUUUGACAUGCGUUUUUCUGGAUUUUUGUUGUUGUUAUUCUGUCUCUCACUGUUCAAAUAAACCUACCAUUAAAAUUACAGACCUCUACAUGCUUUGUAAGUAGGAAAACCUGCAAAAUCAGCAGUGAAUCAAAUACUUGUUCUCCCCACAAUAUAUGUUAAAAUGUUUGUUUAAAAUAAAAUAAUGUGGCUUCCCGGGUGGCGCAGCAGUCUAAAGCACUGCAUCGCAGUGUUGCGGCAUGACUACAGCCUGGGGUUCGAUCCCAGGCUGUGUCGCAACCGGCCGUGACUGGGAGUCCCAUAGGGCUGCGUACAAUUAGCCCAGCGUCGUCCGGGUUAGGGGAGGGUUUGGCCGAGGGGGCUUUACUUGGCUCAUCGCGCUCUAGCGACUCCUUGUGGCCUGCCGGGCGCCUGCAAGCUGAUUUCGGUCGUCAGUUUAAUGUAAUUUCCUCCGACACAUUGGUGCAGCUGGCUUCCAGGUUAAACGAGCGAGUGUUAAGAAGCGUGGCUUGGCGGGUCAUGUUUUGGAGGACGUAUGACUCGAUCUUCGCCUCUCCCGAGCCCGUUGGGGAGUUGCAGCGAUGAGACAAGAUCGUAAUUGGAUCGCAAUUGGAAAUCAUAAAAUUGGGGAGAAAAAGGGGGUAAAAUAAAAUAUGUACUUUUUUUAUUUUAUCUGAAGAGUUCUGAGGUAGAGAUCAGUAGUUGUAAAACAAACCAAUCAUACUCAAACAUGCACCCUCUAUCCUCUCCCUCUAGGCAAUUACAACACACUUCAGUCCCACUUGAGUCACUGUGUUGUUGAUAUAUUGCUGCUUUAUGUCCUGUUCAGGUGCAUUCCUGAUUCCCUACCUGCUGAUGCUGCUGGUGAUGGGGAUUCCUCUGCUCUACAUGGAGCUGAUUCUGGGACAGUACAUGAGGAGAGGGCCUGUUCAUGCCCUGGCUAAAGCCUGCCCGCUGCUCAAAGGUACUGAAGCGUGCAGUAUCUGUUCCCCCCCCACUACUGGAGCAUCAUUUUAGUGUAGAGUUUUUACAUAGUCAAACUAAAAAUAGCAUAGUCAAACUAAAACCGUCAGUCAAAUUUAAACCUAUGAAAUGGUGCUGGUGUCCAACAGGGUCAUAAACAUUUUGCUGACUCACUAGUGGAGGAAAGGAUGACCAUAAAUCAGGCUUUCCUCUUCCCUGCAGUUCAGUUAUAACUCUAGUCUAUGCAUAAGGUUGUAACUAACUAAGUAUUUUAAGAUUCAGGUAAGUUGUAAAUGACAAAAGUGACAAUGUUAUUUGCCCGUCCCUAAGGAGUGGGCCUUGCGACCGUGGCCAUCUCCUUCAUCAUGUCUACUUACUACAACAUCAUCAUCACAUGGGGUCUGUACUACCUGUUCAGCUCCUUCCAGAGCCCGCUGCCCUGGCAGAGCUGCAACAACACAUGGAACACCCCCAACUGCACCGAUCACGUAACCCCGAACACCAGCUCACACUCCUCCACCGCCAGCCAGCAGUUCUUUAAGUAGGUCUCAGUCUCACUAUGGGCUAGCCCAGAGCCAUACUCCUCUAUGUACACUCCACUAUGUAUUUAUUUGGACAUUUUUGCUAAAACUGUUAAUUUGGCUCUAUACUCUAGCAUUUUGGAUUUGAGAUCAAAUGUUGUAUACUGUAUGAGGCGACAGUACAGAAUGUCACCUUUUAUUUGAGGGUAUGUUCAUACACCUGUUUUACCGUUUAGAAGUGAAUGCACAAAUCACGUUUCAGGAGAAGACCCAGAUGCAGACAGUGUCGAAGUAACAAAAGUUUAUUACAAAAACAGGGGGCGGGUAAACGACAGGUCAAGGACAGGCAGAAGUCAGUAAUCCAGAUCAGAGUCCAAAAGGUACAGAACGGCAGGCAGUCUCAGGGUCAGGGCAGGCAGAGGUCAAUAAUCCAGGGUGAUGUGACAAGGUACAGAAUGUCAGGCAGGGUCAGGGCAGGCAGAAUGGUCAAAACCAGGAAAACUAAAAAACAGGAACUUGAGCAAGGGGAAAAAACGCUGGUAGGCUUGACGAAACAGGAGACAAAGGGCUGUGAGACAUGGGUUUGAUCCUAGACACAUGAAAAGUGGGAUGUAUACAGAGGGUACGGGGCAACAGAAGACGAACAGCAGAGGGGCUAAUUAUCUUGGAGAUGGGGAAAGGGCCGAUAAACCGGGGGGAAAGUUUGCGGGACUCCACCCGGAGGGGCAGAUCUCGGGUGGACAGCCAUACCUUCUGCCCGAGACGAUACUCGUAGUGACCGCUGGCCGUGUUGAAGGCAGUCUUCCACUCGUCCCCCUCCCGUAUCCGCACCAGGUGGUAGGUGUUCCGUAGGUCCAGCUUGGAGAAUACGUUGGCCCACUGGAGCGGCUCGAAGUUUGAGGAGAUGAGUGGUAGCGGGUAGCGUUUCUUCACCGUGAUGUCGUUGAGGCUCCGGUAGUCGAUGCCGGGUUAUCCGUCCUUCUGCCUCCCCCGCCUGGCGCAGGGUUCUUCUUUGUGGAGAAGAAGGACAAAACCCUGCGCCAGGCGUAGGAGGCAGAAGGACGGAUGAACCCGGCAGCUAGGGAGUCCUCAAUGUAGGUCUCCAUAGCUUUGGUCUCCGGACCCGACAGCGAGUACAGUCAUCCCCGGGGUGGAGUGGUGCCUGGAAGAAGGUUGACUCCGCAGUCGUAGGGUCGGUGAGUGGAAGUGAAGUGGCCCAGGCCUUACUGAACACCUCCCGGAGGUCCUGGUACUCUGCGGGAAUGGCGCAGAGGUCCGAGGCAACUUCCGAGCCCCCAGGAAGAUGUCCCGGGGCAGGUUGCGCUGACUUCAGGUUAUUGAGCAUGACAGAACGGGCUCCAGCCCAUGAUGGCACCAGUAGACCAGUCAAUAAAGGGGUUGUGUCGCUGGAGCCAAGAGAAACCCAAUACCACGGAUACCUGAGGAGACUUAAUUAGCAGGAAUUGGAUAAUCUCGCUGUGGUUCCCUGAUACUCGUAGGUUGAUGGGGUGGUAUUGUGGGUGACCUGGCCUAUAGAACGCCCGCCCGCCCAGCGCUCUAACGUCCAUGGGAAUGGAGAGGGGCUGAGUGGGGAUGCCCAUUAAAGGGUAGCGUCCAUAAAGCUCUCAUCGGCCCCAGAGUCGAUGAGUACACAGAGAGAUUUUGACUGGUUCCCCCACAGCAAGAUGUCAUGAAAGGGGGUGUGAUUAAGGGGAGAGGAAAAGUUAUCCGUUUGGCCCACCAGAGUACUCGCUCCUUCCGGUGCUCCUGGUAUUUUAGUGGACAGGUGGACACAAACUGACCAGUAGUCCCUCAAUACAGGCAACUCUUCAUGUGAAGCCUGUAUUGCCGUUCAGCUGGAGACAGCCUAGCUCUGCCCAGUUGCAACGGCUCGGGAAGAGGUGAAUCGGCAGACUUCGGAGACUCUCUGGGGAACUCGGGUAGCCUCUGGUUCUCUCGGCAACAGAGCCGUCUGGGACUUCCGGGAUGCCUCGGAGGCGAGGUGGAAUCCUUGGGCGGGCGAGUGGAAUCGGACUUCCUCUCCUUCCUUUGUUCCCGUAGUCGCCAAUCGAUCCGAAUGGUCAAGGUGAUGAGCGAGUCUAUCCGUCGUUAGUUCCCGGAAUGCAAGCUCGUCCUUUACUUCCUCCGAUACUCUGUGCAGGAACGUGUCGAACAGCGCUUCCGGGUUCUAGGCACACUCACCUGCCAACGUGCAGAAAUCCACUGCAUGGUCUGCCACACUGCGGGAUUCUUGCCGAAGUUGGAGUAACUUCCGGGCAGCCUCUCUCCCGAACAAUGGAACAUCGAAAACCUUCUUCACCUCCUGUAUGAACUCUUCCAGACUGAAGCAUACGGCCGACUGUUGUUCCCACACCGCCGUAGCCCAGGCGAGAGCCCUCCCGGACAUCAGUGUGAUGAGGUACGCUAUCUUAGAGCAGUCCGUCGGAAGGAGGAGGGCUGCAGCUCGAUGAUGAGCGAACACUGAGCGAGAAAAGCCCGACAGGUUCCCGACUCUCCAGCGAAGCGUUCCGGGGGAGGUAAGCGGGGUUGUAGGCUGCCUAACAGACAACCCGCGGAAUUCCUCCAGCAAUGUGUUAAACACUCGGUCAUGGCGUUCGGCCAAGGUCUGGAACCCUUCCAUGAGACCACGCAGCAACUCCUUGUGCCUACCAAUGGUGGCUCCUUGGGAGGAGAUGGCGUUGCGGAGCUGGUCCGAGUCUGCUGGGUCAGUCAUGGCCAGUUCGUACUAUCACGUUUCAGGAGAAGAACCAGAUGCAGACAGUGUCGAAGUAACAAAAGUUUAUUACAAAAACAAGGGGCAGGCAAACGACAGGUCAAGGGCAGGCAGAGGUCAGUAAUCAAGAUCAGAGUCCAGAAGGUACAGAACGGCAGGCAGUCUCAUGGUCAGGGCAGGCAGAGGUCAAUAAUCCAUGGUGGUGUGACAAGGUACAGAACGGCAGGUAGGCUCAGGGUCAGGGCAGGCAGAAUGGUCAAAACCGGGAAAACUAGAAAACAGGAACUUGAGAAAGACAGGAGCAAGGGGAAAAACACUGGUAGGCUUGACGAAACAAAACGAACUGGCAACAGACAAACAGAGAACCCAGGUAUAAAUACGCUGGUGAUAAUGGGGAAGAUGGGCGCCACCUGGAGGAGGGUGGAGACAAUCACGAAGGCAAGUGAAAAAGAUCAGGGUGUGACAGCACUUUAUGUAUCUAGUACCCCCAUUUGAAGGUGUUGUGAGUAUUUGGACAAAUUCAUUUAUAGUGUAUAAAAGUUUAGUUUUUGGUCCCAUAUUCCUAGCAUGCAAUGACUACAUCAAACUUGUGACUCUACAAACUUGUUGGAUGCAUUUGCAGUCUGUUUUGGUUGUUUUUCGGUUGUGUUUCGGAAUUAUGUUGUGCCCAAUAGAAAUGAAUGGGAAAUAAUGUAUUGUGUCAUUUUGGAGUCACUUUUAUUAUAAAUAAGAAUAUGUUGUUGAACACUUCUACAUUAAUGUGGAUACUACCAUGAUUACGGAUAAUCAUGAAUGAAUCGUUAAUAAUGAUGAGUGAGAAAGUUAGAUGCAUUCGGAAAGUUAUACAGUGCAGGUAGCUUAGUGGUUAAGAGUGUUGUGCCAGUAACCGAAAGGUCGCUGGUUCUAAUCCCCGAGCCAACUAGGUGAAAAAUCUGUCGAUGUGCCCUUGAGCAAGGCACUUAACCCUAAUUGCUCAUGUAAGUCGCUCUGGAUAAGAGCGUCUGAUAAAUGACAAAAAAUAAAUAAAUAAAAAUAUUCAGACCCCUUGACUUUUUCCAAAUUUUUUAUGUUACAGCCUUAUUCUAAAAUGGAUUAAAUAACACAUAUUCCUCGUCAAUCUACGCACAAUACCCCAUAAUCACAAAGCGAAAACAGGUUUUUAGAAAUGUUUGCAAAAAACAGAAAUACCUUAUUUACAUAAGUAUUCAGACCCUUUGCUAUGAGACUCGAAAUUGAGCUCAGGUGCAUCCUGUUUCCAUUGAUCAUCCUUGAGAUGUUUCUACAACUUGAUUGGAGUCCACCUGUGGUAAAUUCAAUUGAUUGGACAUGAUUUGGAAAGGCACACACCUGUCUAUAUAAGGUCCCACAGUUGACAGUGCAUGUCAGAGCAAAAACCAAGCCAUGAGGUCAAAGGAAUUGUCCGUAGAGCUCCGAGACAGGAUUGUGUCGAGGCACAGAUCUGGGGAAGGGUACCAAAACAUUUCUGCAGCAUUGAAAGUCCCCAAGAACACAGUGUCCUCAAUCAUUCUUAAAUGGAAGAAGUUUGGAACCACCAAGACUUUCAGAAGGACAACCAUCUCUGCAGCACUCCACCAAUCAGGCCUUUAUGGUAGAGUGACCAGACGGAAGCCAGUCCUCAGUAAAAAGGCACAUGACAGCCCGCUUGUAGUUUGCCAAAAGGCACCUAAAGGACUCUCAGACCAUGAGAAACAAGAUUCUCUGGUCUGAUGAAACCAAGAUUUAACUAUUUGGCCUGAAUGCCAAGCGUCACGUCUGGAGGAAACCUGGCACCAUCCCUAUGGUGAAGCAUGGUGGUGGGAGCAUCAUGCUGUUGGGAUAUUUUUCAGCGGCAGGGACUGGGAGACGAGUCAGGAUCGAGGGGAAAGAUGAACGAAGCAAAGUACAGAAAUGAAAACCUGCUCCAGUGCGCUCAGGACCUCAGGCUGGGGCGAAGGUUCACCUUCCAACACUACAAUGACCCCAAGCUAACAGCCAAGACAAUGCAGGUAUGGCUUCAGGACAAGUCUCUGAAUGUCCUUGAGUGGUCCAGCCAGAGCCCGGACUUUAACCCGAUCAAACAUCUCUGGAGAGACCUGAAAAUAGCUGUGCGUUGGCGCUUCCCAUCUAACCUGACAGAGCUUGAGAGGAUCUGCAGAGAAUAAUGGGAGAAACUCCCCAAAUAUAGGUGUGCCAACCUUGUAGGGUCAUACUCAAGAAGACUCAAGGCUGUAAUCGCUGCCAAUGGUGCUUUAACAAAGUACUGAGUAAAGGGUCUGAAUACUUAUGUAAAUGUAAUAUUUCAGUUUUUUUGUUUUAAAACAUUUUCAAAAUGUAUACAAACCUGUUUUUGCUUUGUCAUUAUGGGGUAUUGUGUGCAGAUUGCUGAGGGAAAAAACUAUUGAAUCCAUUUCAGAAUAAGGCUGUAAUGUAAAAGUCAAGGAGUCUGAAUACUUUCCGAAUGUAAUGUAUGUAGAUACCAGACAACAACGUUUCAAUUAAGCCUCUAAAAUUGAUAAAUCAACAUAUCCACAAGCAACUGGGAGGGUGUGAGUGAUCAGUAAUGUACAAUAGCGAACCAAUCAGUUGGUAAAGCGACGCAACGACACAAAUCCAAUAAGCCAUGGCUUCCCUCAGAGGAAAAGACGAUCAACUUGGAGGCACAAACGAGAGUUAUGAACAGUUAAAGGCGAUCCAGGAAAACUUAGCUAAAAUGCUCUCAAUGCACACCAAAACAAACAAACUGCAACAAUAUGUUAUUAAAAAGUAGAUUAGCUCGAAAAUAAAGAGGUUAUCGUGUCAGACACGCACAAACACGGUGUGUGCAUGAACGAACAAGAUAACAAAAUAUGCCUUUUGGAAACAAAGUUGCAAACUUUAGAAGAUGAAUUGGACCAUUAAGAAAACAGAAUAAGACAAAACAACAUGAGAAUAUUGUCCUUACUAGAGGACGAGGCAAAAGGAGACCUUUCCAGCUACGUGGUCAAACUGAUAUCAGAGGAACUUGACGUGGAUAUAUCACCAGAAGAUCUUGAAGGAUGCCAUAGGAUCGGCGUGAAACAGAAGAAUGUUAAAUACCCACGCAUGGUAACCUUCAAACUGUGGAACUAUCAGACCAAAAUAAACAUUCUGAGGGCACAGUGGGGAAAGGAGAUCAAAAUCCACAGUCAGUCCAUUCGAUUCGUCCAGCACCUGUCUGCUAAGCUGAGAGAGAGACGCAAGGAAUACAUUCCAAUAAGAUAGUCACUUGAGGAAAAGUCUCAACUCUGCUUCCCGGCAGUGCUGUGGGAAGGGAACGCAAAGGAUGGAAUUCACAAGCCCCAAUGAAGCCCUAAUCAAGCUACACGAAAUGUUCCUAGAAACCUUCCCAGUUGAAGUAGGAGAGCCCCCUGCUCUGAGAAGAGGACGAAAUAGGAAAAAACGAUGAGCACACUAGGCUACAUACAGUGAUUACUAAGACCAGCUUAUCGUAAGUUGAGACCAUAUCCUUUCCUCCUUCCCCCAAUACAAUCUAUACUCUACAUUCCCCAAAGUAACAAUAGAAGUAGCCGAUGCCAAUGGGCUACAUGGACACUGAAAAUACAAUUCAAAGGUGGAAAUGUAGAAUGUAUGUCAAUAACUGUUCUAUGGAUGUGUGUGUAGAUGUGUAUGUGAUUGUGUAUAUGAAUGGGAGUGUGAGGGAUGGUGAAUAUGAAUAUGUGUAGAAUGGUGGGAGAGAAUUGGUGUAUGGAUGCAUAGGGUAUAUGUUGGGGGGAAAUGAAUGAGAAUUGAUGAGUAAGUCGAUGUAUGGGUGUAAGUGUGUCAGAGGUAGGGAGGGUGGGAAAAGAUGGGAGGUUGGGACAAGCUUAGCUUGGGUGGGCAAGGAUGGGAGGUUGGGACAAGCUUGGCAAGGGUGGGUAAGGAUGGGAGAUUGGGACAAUCUUGGCUUGGGUGGGGUAAAGGUGGGAUAAAACAGGGAAGGGGAGGUGGAGAGGCGGAGAGGGAUGGGUUUGGCUUGGGAGAGGGAGAGGGAGAAGAAAGGAUUUAACUACAGUGCCUUCAGAAAGUAUUCAUAUCUCUUGACUUAUUUCACAUUUUGUUGUGUUACAGCCUGAAUUCAAAAUGGAUUAACCUUUUGACGCGUAAGUUCUAAAUAUUAAUAACAGCCCUUACAGCGUGAGUUAUUUUUGCACGCAGUACCAGAAUUCUAUGCUGCUGUUUUAGAAUUUGAUUGUUGCAUUUUGCCACUAUUCUCUGCACCCCUCACUCCAUCAAGACUGCAAUAUCUGCUUCAUAUGAGGCUUUAUAAAACAAAUCCUUUCUUCUUAUAGUAGUAGCAGCGAAUAUCUAUAGUAUUAUUAAUAAUUGUAUAAUUAUUAUUAUCAUCUAUAUUAGAUGUAUUAUUAUCUGAAAGAGGCUUUGGUAUUAGCCUGUCUGAGGGACUGCGUGUGUGAGAUAGGGUGGGAAACCUGAGGUGCAACAUUUGCACAUAAAUCAUUCAAUCUAACCCAUAACACAUUAACCACCUAGACAACAUAUUGACUUGAACAAGGAAGAGAGAAAAUACGUUUAAUACUUUCACACCACCCUUGAUGAAAAUGAGAUUGGGGCAAGGACCACCAAGCCCCUACUGUCAAUGUCCCAAUUGUGGUUAGCCCAAGCUAAUAAUAACCUCCCUAGAUUCCCACAAAUACUGGAUUCCCACAAAUACUUAAUUAGUUUCCAAAAAACACCUGCAGGAUGAGCAGUGUACCCGCCCCUCACUUUGUGCUCUCCUCACAGUUUACGGGCAGCUCUGUCUCUCCUUCUCACCUUUCCGAAUCAUAAUUAGAACUAUUGAUAAAUUAUCCAACCCAAAUUUGGUAUGACCGUCCCUAGUGCUUCACGUUGAGUCUAUCACACAAAUUUAAGGUCCUCAACUUAGCACACACCAACAAUGGCAGAAUGUACAUUGACAUACAGUAUAUUUAUCUUUAUAUUUCUAGCAUUAACCUUUCUCAUCACGGCCCCCAUAAUGACAGAUCGGUAUCUCAAUGCAUUUUUGGUCUAAAAUACUAUACAUUUCGCAGUGUGCAGACCCCCACAAUCAACCUGAUACCCCACAUGAACAAUUUUGGACAAGCCUAAAUCAAUUACAGGCACGGUUGACCACUCCCCUCCCUCCCGGCACUCAUUCUUCUGGCUUUUCUUCAUUUUCUUCUUCAGAUAACUUUACAGUUCAUCCUCCCAAUGGAACACAUAUAACUCAUGCAUGUCAAAGUGGAUGGCCCUUGAUAAUGUCCCGAUUUCAAUAUCUGGAGAAUAAUCUGAUUUUCCCUAGCGAACGAAUCUCUCACCUAAGCCACCACCACCAUCCUUUAUGGUCCAUUCUGUCUUGUCCAUUUUCUAACCAGUACACCAGCAGCAUGAGAGAAGUUUAGAUGUGGUCUCUCUCCAUGCUCACUCCACUUGGACGGUCUCGGGACUCAUGACGCACUCCUGAGAAACAAGGCAGUUGAUAGCUUCAACUGGAUGCUGUACACCGGUUGCUGACUCAGACUCAGGUCUCAGGUAGAAGUGGUGAAGGACAGGGCCAUAGUGAACGCCAUAACUUCAGCCGAGGGGGGUGAGGCUCACACUGUUCUCGGUCGAAUUAUCCCUUUCAUGCAUCUAGAUACCAUCUGUGGUCACCUUCGCCAUAACCUCAAGAGGGGACAGACCAGAACAACAGUUUAGGGCAUUUCUGAUUCAGGAAAUCUAGACAAACUAUUCACUGUAUGACAAAUGAUUACAUUCCCAAUAUUCUUAAUACAAAUUUCUAAGACAAAUCUCAAAGAGAAUAACAACACACUAUUGAAACCAUUUAGCAAAUUGGCUUAUACUCCCCUAUCAUAUUGGCGACCUCACUGCAGAGUUACAUGGUCAGGGAGAUAGAGAGCUAACCCUUAGGGAGACAUCCCGACCAUACAGCAGACCCAAUCUGAUGAGAUUUGUUAUUGAAGCAAGACAAAAACAAACAAAACAAAACAACAGCAAUACACAUAUCACUCGAGGUGUGGAAAACCUCAAUCCAUUUGGAGUAACUGUCAACCAUUACCAACAUAUAUUUGUUCCUUUUACAGGCAGGCUUGAAGAAAAUCAAUUUGCAUAUUUACCAAAGGGCCCAAGGGGACUGGUAAUUCCCCCUUUGGACACAUGACUCACAUCGUGAUUCAUGCGUCCAAAAAACAUCAACAACAUUGCCUGUUAAAUCAAAAUAACAGAUAAAAUUAAAAUUACAACCCUUGAUAACCCAAUCUCAACUUAAUUGUAUCCCAUAACGUAAUUCAAGGAAUAGUAAAAUAGACUAGAGACAGGUGUCCCUCAUUCAGGGGCAGCACUCUCUCUCUGUCCUUCUCGUGGUUCCGAAUCACACAUAGGACUAUUGUUAAAUUAUAAUCUUUUUCCUAAUCAUUAGUAUUUACAUAGCCCAUUUAAAUCUCACCCAAUGUCUCUCUCUAGUCUUUCUAGUGUGGGUGAUCAGGUCUCACCAGAAAGUCAGAAGAGGUCAGAGUUCAUUCAACCCCAUUAAGUGAGUGUGUCUUUCCCUUUUCUUCCCCUGUACCUCAGACAUUAUUUAAAGACAUUUCAAACAUUUAGUGUACCAGAUUUAUAUUGGGUUUUUCAGUACAUUUCUUAUCAGGGGAAUUUACAGUGGGGAAAAAAAGUAUUUAGUCAGCCACCAAUUGUGCAAGUUCUCCCACUUAAAAAGAUGAGAGAGGCCUGUAAUUUUCAUCAUAGGUACACGUCAACUAUGACAGACAAAAUGAGAAAAGAAAAUCCAGAAAAUCACAUUUUAGGAUUUUUAAUGAAUUUAUUUGCAAAUUAUGGUGGAAAAUAAGUAUUUGGUCAAUAACAAAAGUUUCUCAAUACUUUGUUAUAUACCCUUUGUUGGCAAUGACACAGUUCAAACGUUUUCUGUAAGUCUUCAAGGUUUUCACACACUGUUGCUGGUAUUUUGGCCCAUUCCUCCAUGCAGAUCUCCUCUAGAGCAGUGAUGUUUUGGGGCUGUCGCUGGGCAACACAGACUUUCAACUCCCUCCAAAGAUUGUCUAUGGGGUUGAGAUCUGGAGACUGGCUAGGCCACUCCAGGACCUUGAAAUGCUUCUUACGAAGCCACUCCUUCGUUGCCCGGGCGGUGUGUUUGGGAUCAUUGUCAUGCUGAAACACCCAGCCACGUUUCAUCUUCAAUGCCCUUGCUGAUGGAAGGAGGUUUUCACUCAAAAUCUCACGAUACAUGGCCCCAUUCAUUCUUUCCUUUACACGGAUCAGUCGUCCUGGUCCCUUUGCAGAAAAACAGCCCCAAAGCAUGAUGUUUCCACCCCCAUGCUUCACAGUAGGUAUGGUGUUCUUUGGAUGCAACUCAGCAUUCUUUGUCCUCCAAACACGACGAGUUGAGUUUUUACCAACAAGUUCUAUUUUGGUUUCAUCUGACCAUAUGACAUUCUCCCAAUCCUCUUCUGGAUCAUCCAAAUGCACUCUAGCAAACUUCAGACGGGCCUGGACAUGUACUGGCUUAAGCAGGGGGACACGUCUCGCACUGCAGGAUUUGAGUCCCUGGCGGCGUAGUGUGUUACUGAUGGUAGGCUUUGUUACUUUGGUCCCAGCUCUCUGCAGGUCAUUCACUAGGUCCCCCCGUGUGGUUCUGGGAUUUUUGCUCACCGUUCUUGUGAUUAUUUUGACCCCACGGGGUGAGAUCUUGCGUGGAGCCCCAGAUCGAGGGAGAUUAUCAGUGGUCUUGUAUGUCUUCCAUUUCCUAAUAAUUGCUCCCACAGUUGAUUUCUUCAAACCAAGCUGCUUACCUAUUGCAGAUUCAGUCUUCCCAGCCUGGUGCAGGUCUACAAUUUUGUUUCUGGUGUCCUUUGACAGCUCUUUGGUCUUGGCCAUAGUGGAGUUUGGAGUGUGACUGUUUGAGGUUGUGGACAGGUGUCUUUUAUACUGAUAACAAGUUCAAACAGGUGCCAUUAAUACAGGUAACGAGCGGAGGACAGUGGAGCCUCUUAAAGAAGAAGUUACAGGUCUGUGAGAGCCAGAAAUCUUGCUUGUUUGUAGGUGACCAAAUACUUAUUUUCCACCAUAAUUUGCAAAUAAAUGCAUAAAAAAAUCCUACAAUGUGAUUUUCUGGAGAAAAAAAUUUCUCAAUUUGUCUGUCAUAGUUGACGUGUACCUAUGAUGAAAAUUACAGGCCUCUCUCAUCUUUUUAAGUGGGAUAACUUGCACAAUUGGUGGCUGACUAAAUACUUUUUUUCCCCACUGUACAUGUGUGCAACCAAAACUCUGACAAAAUAAACUUCAAAAAAUGUCAUUUAUGUGCCCUUUACGGUGCAUCCUUUCUCACCUGUGAAGAACCCACUAAAACUAAUAAAAAGACCCCACACAAUAAAUCAGACACUGUAUUAACAUCAUAAACAAAUAUUAAUAACAGGUGGAUUGUGUGUACGUGUGCUGAUGUGUGUAGGGCGUAAACAAACAAAUGUACAGGCCUUACUUAAUUGGGAGCUCUCUUUACGGCCGGAUCUGGGUACCUUUAUACUUAAUAGAGCUGCAGAAUUUCACUAUUUGCUCUCCCAAGGCAACAGCCUCGGGAAACAUUUCAAAGGGAGAGAUAGGGACACCCCAUCCUCUCCUAGAAGAGAAAAUAAACAUUGAGUUAGUUUUCACUUUGCCAAAUCUUAAUCAGUAACAAAAUGUUUUAGUUACAGACAAAACAAAACAUGAUGACUUCUGUUCACAGGGAGGCCACUGUCCUCACUCCACUCUUUAAUCAUUUGUGUACUAACUGUAAGUCGCUCUGGAUAAGAGCGUCUGCUAAAUGACUAAAAUGUAACAUGUAAUGUGUUUUAAUCCAUCCCAACGUUUACUGUAUAUACUAUCAAUCUCUGUUGGAUAUUCACUAUUUGCUUCACACUCAUUAAUGUCUACUAUUUAAAGAUUAAUAUGCACUAAACCGAGACAGAUCUACUCUUUAACAAAAUUUUAAAAGGUAAUUUUAGGUUUGGUAACCCCAAUGACACAAUUUCUUUGUUAAACUCUACAAUUACAAUUGUUUCUUUAACUCUCCAAACAAUUACUCACAAUAUUACUCCACUCUAAUAACAAUUGUUUCUUUAUCUCUACAAACUAGUUUUCACAAUAUUAAUUACACUCUAAUUUCUCAUGAGGACCCCUCCUCCCUUUUGUCAAUUCUGUAAAUCUAUUUCAGAAUAAGACGGAAUAAAAUGUCUCACGAAAUUAAAAUCCCCCCACGGUUUUCUGAGCUUGCGAGGAGUGUUUGGUCGUGCCAAUUGUAAUUUGUUACCUUUUAGAAUCCAUUGGCCUGGAAUUUCGCAAAGUCGGUUCUACCCCCGCUACGAUAACGAAUGA